CGGGGCCUCGCCGCGCUCGUCGGCUGUGCGGAGAAUCAGACAGCUCGCUCUCUAGAAGGAAGUGCCUCUGAAGUGCCGCCGUAUUUAUUUUGAUGCACGCGAGCGUUCGUCUCUUCGGAUAAAACAUCGCAUUCCCCGACAUCAGCACAGAGCGGUUUCGCCCGGUUGUAUGCAUCUCCCCGGUAACGUUACGUCUGUAGCGGCAGCGGCUGUUUUCACCGGAGCAGCGUGGGUUAAGGUGGGCCUUGCCCGGAUAUCUGUCUGACAAGCGAACCAAAACCGAUCCGGUACCCGCCUCGAGACAACCAGCGCACUCGGUCCUCCAGAGACUACACUUGGAGCUAACGCACACCAGCCCGAUGGAUAACCUGAGCGAAGCCCUGAAGACGCUGAAGCUCUCGCCGGCAGACAGCUCUUCAGACAGCGUCGAGGGCUGCUUGGACUGCUUGCUCAAAGCUUUGGCCCACAACAAUGCUGAGACCAGCGGAAAGAUCCAGGAGACGGGGGUCCUCGCCACGAUGCCCGCUCUCCUGUCCGCGCAGAACUCCAGCACGCCGAAAGUAGCCAACGUCAUCGCAGAGCUGGCCAAAAAUGAGUUCAUGAGGAGCCCGUGUGUGGAAGCGGGGCUCAUUCCUCCUCUGGUUCAGCUGCUGAACAGCAAGGACCAGGAAAUACUGCUCCAGACGGGACGAGCCCUCGGCAACAUCUGCUACGACAGCCAUGAGGGCAGAAGUGCAGUUGACGCAGCGGGCGGUGCUCAGAUAGUUGCCGUGCACAUUAAGUCUCUGGCCGAAAGCACUGACCCGGCCACCGGGAAGCUCUUGACUGUCUUUUGUGGCAUGCUGAUGAACUAUAGCAAUGAUAAUGACUCGUUGCAGGCUCAGCUGAUCAGCAUGGGUGUGAUCCCGACACUGGUCAGACUGCUGGGAGUUCAUUCUCAAAACACGGCGCUCACCGAGAUGUGCCUCAUUGCCUUCGGCAACCUGGCAGAGCUCGAGUCCAGCAAGGAGCAGUUCGCCUCUACGAAUAUCGCAGAGGAGCUGGUUCGACUCUUCCGUAAGCAGGUGGAGCACGAGAAGAAGGAGAUGAUCUUCGAGGUGUUGGCACCGCUCGCUGAGAACGACGUGAUCAAGCUUCAGCUGGUGGACGCCGGUCUGGUGGAGUGUCUGCUGGAGGUGGUGGCUCUGACGGUGGACAGCGACAGGGAGGAGGACGCGGCUCAGCUCAAGACGGCCUCGGACCUCAUGGUCCUCCUGCUGCUGGGAGAUGAGUCGAUGCAGAAGCUGUUUGAGGGGGGUAAAGGCAGCGUGUUUCAGAGGGUCCUCUCAUGGGUGCCCUCCAACAACCACCAGCUCCAGCUAGCAGGAGCGCUCGCCAUCGCUAACUUUGCCAGCACAGAUGGGAACUGCAUCCACAUUAUGUAGACAACUCUCGGAUCAGUCGUGAGUAGAAAUAAGCUUCUGGAGCUGUUAGAGACAGGCACGUGGAGCUUCUGAGGAGACAGGCACGUGGAGGAGGGGAACGUGACGGUGCAGCACGCCGCCCUCAGCGCCCUGAGGAACCUCGCCAUCCCAGUGGUCAACAAAUCUAAGAUGCUCUUGGCCGGUGUUUCGGACGUGGUGCUGAAGUUCCUCAAAUCUGAGAUGCCUCCAGUCCAGUUUAAGCUUCUGGGAACGUUACGGAUGCUCAUCGACACACAGGCUGACGCAGCAGAGCAGCUGGGGACAAACACAAAGCUGGUGGAGCGUUUGGUGGAGUGGUGUGAAGCGAAAGACCACGCCGGAGUGAUGGGAGAGUCCAACCGCCUGCUGUCCGCUCUCAUCCGACACAGCAAGUCAAAGAACGUGGUCCGAGCCGUUAUACAAGGUGGAGGUGUUAAGCACUUGGUAACCAUGGCGACGAGCGAACACAUGAUCAUGCAGAACGAAGCGCUGGUGGCCUUGGGUCUCAUAGCGGCGCUAGACCUGGAUUGCGCAGAGAAGGACUUUGUCGGCGCUAAUCUGGUGCAGGUUCUACACAAACUGCUGACGGACGAACACAGCGCGCCGGAGAUCAAAUACAACUCCAUGAUUCUCAUCUGCUCCAUCAUGGGAUCAGAGCCGCUGCAUAAAGAAGUGCAGAGCUUGGCCUUCAUCGACGUGGUGUCCAAUCUGCGCUCGCACGAGAACAAGACGGUGGCGCACCAGGCCUCUCUCACAGAGCAGAGGUUAACGGCGCAGAGCUAAAGGACUCUCCGGCGGCGUCUCGUCCCUGCCUGCUCCCCCUCACGCGCAUAUCUCUCGUUGUCAUGUGCCAAGCUGUUGUCCCAUCUCUCCAAGCCCUCUGUUUGCUCCGCGCAUGCAGAGACCUGUUACCCAAAGGCGGCCGUACUUUGUAGACAGCCUUCUGCAAUAGAUUCAUACCCCAACAGCAAGAUAUUUUUAAAAAGACCAUAGCUGUGAUUAAAAAAAAAAAAAAACAAAACACGAAAUUCACCUGUAAAAGAGGUAAAAAACGUUGGCGGUGGAAAUAGCCAAUAACCAACUUGUGCAUGUUUUUUUUGUUUUUUUUAAUCGUCCGGUUUGUUGACGUAUCCGUGUUCAGCUAGUCAAGCCACGCCCAUAUGAUAUGCUCCGCCCCUCUCCCUCUGCUUACUAAUUUGCAUAGACGAGUAGAGAUCAGAUGUGUUUGUACUGUAUAGGGCACCUCUGGACCAGCACGGACCUUUUCAUGUUUUGCCUCCUGGUCCUUGUGCCGCCCAUGAUCCAUAUCUACUGGAAAGAGCUAAUUCCAUAUCUUUAGUCGGUUGCAUUUACAGAAAUCGAUGAUUAUUGUCAUACGGAUGCGUGAAGAAGUAAUAUAGGACUGCAGUCGUCGUAUGCGACGCUCUCGGAGACGCAGUUUGUAUCAUUUCAGGACCUCAUCAGAAGAAGUGACGCCGUUAUAGUGUAGUAGCGAUAACUUAAAAAGGAUGGUUCACCAAAACAUACACAAAAAUAAACGAGUCGCCUUCAUGUCGUUCCAAAGCUCUGUGACUUUCUUUCUUUUGGAAGAAAACCAAAGGUGAUAUUUUGAAGAACGUUGGUAGGUAAACAGCUCUGGGUCUGUAUUUCGGUCUGCACCGAGGAAGUCAAUGGGACUUUGAACCAUUUAGUUAGCAACGUUCUUCAAAAUAUCUUCUUUUAUGUUUCUGAGAAGAAAGAAGUGGCAACAUCCUGUGGAAGAUACGCCAAGAAGUUUAGCGUCCAAUUUGCUUCUAUAGUAUUUUUGUCUGUACUUUGGAGGUCAGUGGGACCAAACUGUUUUGGUUACCAAAAGAAUGAAAAUAUUUGGUUGCCAAAUGUCUUUUGCAGAAGUAAAUAUAAUUUCCACAGCGAAAGGAAUUCCAUCGAAACUUAUUUUUCCAUAAAAAUUAAAGAAAUCUUUACAUUGUUUUAAAGAAAGUUGGUAACCGGGCAUUUUUGGAUCCCGUUGACUUUCAUGGUACUUUUUAUAAAAUGCUAUAAAGUUCUAGAUUGGAUCUAGAACCAAAGAAAGAAAUGCAAAGACCCAAGAAGCGAACAAAGAAGUGGCAACAUUCUGUAGAAGAUAUUUUCAAGAACGUUGGUAACCAAACAAAGACUUCCAUUGUGUUUUUUGCAUUAUAUACUGUGGAGGUGAGCAGGGUUAAAAUGGUUUGGAUGCCAACAUUCUUCAAAAUAUCUUCUUUUUUUAUAAAAUGAAACCGCUUGGUUUUUUUCGUGUUCCACAGAAGAAAAAGAAAGAAAUUCGGUAGAACGUGUUUGAAAGUACGCCGGUAACCUAACAGUUGCACGUUUGGAAGUCGCUGUGAAUGUUGUUUAUUAAGAUAUCUUCUUUUGGGGAAAAAAAAGAAAAAAAAAAAGCAAUGCAUACAGGUUUGGAACAACAUCAGGGUGAGCGAAUGAUCGCGUGUUUUUAAUUUUGGGUGGACUGUGUAUUUAAAACAUGCAUUCCUGGUCAGAAAAGGACUAGCAUGACUGCCGUUAGCACACACACACACACACACACACACACACAUGCAGGCUUCAGGACUAAGCAAGGUAACUGAAUACUACUACUACUAAUGUCUCAGACGACAAACACUCGGUGUGAAUGUUUCUUUUGGAGAAAGUGUCUUUUUCUGCAUGUGGAGCUGCCCGUCCUUCUUUCCAUCCUCUCCGGUAUCCUCUGAACAUGCACCUCCUCGCAUGUCCGAUACUGUGAAAAUCACUGUUCUGUGGCCAUUUUAUGUCAGGUCGAUAAGUUCCUAUUUAUCAUGUUUGUACCCUCGAGGAACCACACGGCAAUCCAGUAUAUCUACAGUAGGAACCGUACAAAUAUAAACAGAAAUAAUUGUUGUAUAUGUCAUUGAUGAACUGUACAUUUCAAAGAUUUAAACUUAUUAAAACAAUUGCUGGUGACAAAUUUA